UUAUUAUAAAAAGGAUGCACUCGCAGCAAGUGUCUUCCAAAAGCCACAGCAUCUCUCUCUUCUCUCUGUCUAACACUCCGCAUUUCGCACGCUCGCUCUCACUGGACAUACUACGGAGGAACUCGAAUCGGUUUGGGUUUCAGUCUCAGAUCCGAUCAGAGUUUUCGGAGGGGAGAAAGAAGGAGAUAAGAAGGGUGAAGAAUGGAUACGAUGAAGUCCUUCAAGGGCUACGGCAAGGUGGAUGAGGCGGAGGAGCAGGCCUUCCGCAAGCGGACUCGCCGCCGCCUCCUCAUCCUCGUCGCCUCCGCCGUCCUCCUUCUCGCCGUGAUCGCCGCCGCCGUCGUCGGCACCAUCGUCCACCGGCGCAACAGAUCCGGCUCCGACGACUCCUCCGCCGCUCCCCCCUCCGAGCUGACCCCGUCCGCCUCCCUCAAGGCCGUAUGCAGCGUCACCCAGUACCCCGACUCCUGCUUCUCCAGCAUAUCCGCCGCCGAGACCGCCAACGCCACCGAUCCCGAGCAGCUCUUCAAGCUCUCCCUCGCCAUCGCGAUGAGGGAGCUCCAGAAGCUCCCGAGCUACGCGGCCCGGCUGGCGAGCAAGGCCAACGCCGGGGACGCCCAGGGCAAGGCGGCGCUCGCCGUGUGUGCGGGCGUGUUCGAGGAUGCAAUCGACCGCCUCAACGACUCGAUUUCUUCGCUGCAGGUCGGCGCCGGAACGAUUCUGUCCUCGUCGAAGAUCAACGACAUGAAGACGUGGCUGAGCGCGGCGAUUACGGACCAGGAGACUUGCCUGGACUCCCUGGAGGAGAUCAACUCGACGCUAAUCAACGACGUGAGGGCUACCAUGGAGAACUCGACCGAGUUCGUUAGUAAUAGCCUGGCCAUCGUGACCAGGAUUAUCAGCCUAUUGGCAGAUUUGAAGAUCCCGAUCCACCGGAAGCUGCUCGGAUCGUCGUCGGAGUUCCCGAGCUGGCUCGGGGCGGCGGAGAGGAGGCUGCUGCAGGACGAGGCGGCGGCGGCGCCCGCGCACCUGACGGUGGCGCAGGACGGGAGCGGGGACUACAAGACGAUCCAGGCGGCGGUGGACGCCGUCCCCCAGAAGAACGCGUCGAGGUUCGUGAUCUACGUGAAGGCGGGGACCUACAAGGAGAACGUGGUGUUGGACAAGAGCAAGUGGAACGUGAUGAUGUACGGCGACGGGAAGGCCAAGACGAUCGUAUCCGGCAGCCGGAACUUCAUCGACGGGACUCCGACGUUCAACACGGCGACCUUCGCUGUUGCGGGUAAAGGCUUCAUAGCGAGAGACAUGGGGUUCAUCAACACCGCCGGCGCGGCGAAGCACCAAGCGGUGGCGUUCCGGUCCGGGUCCGACCUGUCGGUGAUAUACCGCUGCGCCUUCGACGCGUUCCAGGACACGCUCUACGCGCACUCGAACCGUCAGUUCUUCCGCAACUGCGACGUCACGGGCACGAUUGACUUCAUAUUCGGGAACUCCGCGGUCGUCUUCCAGAACUGCAACAUCCAGCCCAGGCAGCCGAUGGACAGCCAGUUCAACACCAUCACGGCUCAGGGCAAGAAGGACCCCAACCAAAACACCGGCAUCUCGCUCCAGAAAUGCAGCAUCACCGCCAACGGCAACGUGACGGCUCCGACGUAUCUCGGCAGGCCCUGGAAAGACUACUCGACCACUGUGAUUAUGCAGUCGACUAUUGACUCCUUGAACCCCAAGGGCUGGACAGAGUGGGUCACCAACGUGGACCCCCCGAGGACGAUCUUCUACGGGGAGUACCAAAACAGUGGGCCGGGGUCGAGCACAGCCCAACGGGUCACAUGGGCCGGGUAUAAGCCGGCGCUCUCGGCGGCCGAAGCUGGGAAGUUCACGGUGGGGUCGUUCAUCCAAGGGAGUGAUUGGUUGCCUCAAACUAGUGUGACAUUUGAUGCCGCUUUAUAAUCCGGUAAUGGUAAUGAUGUAGAGCCGUAAAGUGCCCGAUAGAGAAAAGAAAACUCCAUCCUCCUCCUCCUCCUCUCCAUUUUUCCCCCCACUUAGUGACAUUGAAAUUUGUUUCUAGCGUGUCGAUUUUCUGAUAUGCUGUACACUGCUUAUGAAAACGGUAAAAAGAGAAUCAAUACGAAAAUGGUUCCACUUUCAUGUCA